UAAAAUGUAAAUAUUAUCGAUCUCUAUAAUACAUUGAUCUUUGUACGAGAUCAUAAAUGAAUUGCAAUUGACGUGCGAGACAGAAUAUAUGUGAAAAUGUACGAUUCUCCCAGUUCUCUUCAAGAAGCAUGUGUUGACUUUAUUUGUGAAAAUUUGGAAGCUUUGUGUGAGACUUCUCCAGUGAAUGCAAGUACAUCAACUGCAGAAGGAGAAUCUGAAACUGAACUCACCCAAACUACUACUUCUGCUGCUGUUGCUGCUGGAAAUCGUCUUGUUUUUCGAGAUAAUGAUGUGUACUUCCAUUCUGAUAUAUCAGAACAACUUCUCACUGCACUUAGUGAAAAGGGGAAGCUCUCAGACUUUAGAAUGACAUUAUUCGAUUCCAGUACAACUAGACUGAGGCAUGUCUGUCUUCGAAAUGCUGGAAAACUUACAACAAAAGGCCUACGAGUUUUGAAAGGCCAUAAAAUAUGCACACUGGAAGCUACUGGGUUAAAAGUGACAGUGAAUGAUUUAAUUGGGUGCUUAGGGGAAUGGACGUUACAAAAUUUGAGGACUCUUAAUGUUGCUCGUAGCACUUUUAUGGAUGGAUCUAGGUAUUGUGUUGUUGUUGCUCUUUCUAAACUUCGAAAUCUUCAAUCAUUGAAUGUUAGUUGUACCGAAUUUAAUCGUCAUGGUUUAGAAAUUGUUGCUGAAGAUUUGCCACACCUUGAGAGCUUAGAUAUAUCGUGUACUCGUGUGGAUGACAUACGUCCUCUUCGAAAGUGUAGGAAUAGGCUAAAAAGCCUUACGAUGUAUAAUUUGAAGGUCUCAAGCUGUGAGAGUGUAAUUCCAGUUGUCUUAGAUUUACAUCUGUUGAGGGUGCUAGACAUGUCUGAUGAGAAAGAUACUCAUCCAUUUGAAAUAUUCACCCCAGUGCAUUCAAAAGUGGCAUACUUUCUUAAGGCCAUUGACAGAGUACCUCACCUUACAUCAUUAGAUAUAUCUGGAAAGGAUGAUAUAAAUGCAACUGAAUUACGUUCAUUUCUUCAACAUCAUAAGGAACUGUGUUUCUUGGGUCUCAUUGAUUCAGAUGUAUGUUAUGAUGAAAGUUUUACCAACCCAAGACAUCCAGAUUACAAUGACCAACUAGUGGUCACUGGCACAGCCACAGAAGCUCAGAUAUUGGAAGCUUUACGCCGUUAUUCUCAUAGACCACAGUAUGUUCAGAAGUGCCUGUACAAUCUCUUCCGCCUAACACCAAUUUUCAGUGAUGCUCGAGUUGAUGUUAUUGAGUUGGUGCUUCCUGGAAUGAUGCUUCAUACUCAACAAUUUGGUGUGCAAAUGGCAGCUACAGCUUGUUUGUACAAUCUUACAAAAGGUGAUCUGGCAUAUAAAAUACAUCCAAAGAUUUUAAAACGUGUUGUUGAAUUAACUCUCACUGCCAUGGAGACAUUCCCUAAUCAUUAUCAGCUCCAAAAAAAUACACUUCUUACUCUAUGUAGUGAUCGAAUUUUGCAAGAUGUGGCUUUUGACAAAUAUCGGUGUGCUCGUCUGGUAAUGAACUGUUUAUGUGCCUUUGAAGAUGCUUCUAUGAAUCGAAUGAGUGUUGCCAUCUGUAGUAUUUUAGCUGCCAAAAUAUCAACAAGUGAAACAUCAAUGUUGGGUUCACAACCUCAGUACAUGAAGAAAUUAUUAGCAAUUGUUAAAAGUAAAGUACUGACAAAAAGUGUAGAUAUCACAAUAAAAUUCACACUCAGUGCAUUAUGGAAUCUCACAGAUGAAUCUCCAACAACUUGUACUGUAUUUUUGGAGGAAGGAGGAAUGGCAUUGUUCUUAGAAGUGUUAGAAACAUUUCAAGAUGAAAGUGCAGUAGAAACCAAAGUACUUGGACUUAUUAAUAAUAUUGCAGAAGUUGCACAACUCCGAAGUCGACUUAUGGUGCCUGAAUUUCUUACAUUAUUACGAAAACUGCUCCAUUCUAGUCAUAUUGAUGUUAGCUAUUUCGCUGCUGGCAUCAUUGCUCAUUUGGCUAGUGAUGGUAGUGAUAUAUGGUCUGUUACAUCUGGAGUUACAAGAGAACAACUUCUUCAUGAACUUGGUGAAGUUGUUACUCAUUGGGAAACUCCUGAUGGUGAAAUGGUGGCUUACCGUUCAUUCCAUCCAUUUUUCCCAUUAUUAACAUGCCACGAAGCUUUCCAGGUGCAAUUGUGGGCAGUUUGGGCAAUUCAGCAUGUUUGUACAAAGAAUGCGAAAAGGUACUGCCCAAUGUUGAUUGAAGAAGGAGGCAAUGUUAUCCUGCACAAUUUAUGGGAAUCUUCUACUGUCCACCCGAAUGUCAGAAAAAUCUCAGAAUCCAUCCUUGAUGUAGUCAGACAGCAUGGUGCAUUUUGACGCUAUGACUACACAUAUAACAAGAAUAUGUUUAUGUUUUGUGAAUUCCAGUCAUUUUUUAUGUUUUAUGGUACUAGGAGUCAGUGUCCAGCCUUUUCUUCCAUUUUGAGAUUCACCUGUGAUUAUCAGAAGUUAACAGUAAAGGUAUUAAGUCAUUUUCAAUAUGUUAAGUGCAUGAUAUUAGGAAAUCAUGUCUGAUCCUAUGUAAAUAAAGAACAAUAAAAUUGACAUUGUUGUCUCACGGUGUGUUUGGUCAGCUGCAAUGAUUUGAUAUCAUCUGAUAAUAUAUAGCUCUUUAAUACGUUUAUCACAAUUACACAAUAUACGCAUGUUAUAUUGUAAUACUAGAUUUCACAUCACGCCCAGCGAUUUUACUUGUUAUGAAUUUGUAUUAUACUAAUCACUGGAUGUGAUUUAUGAUCAAUUGUGAAUUGAUUUACAAGGUCAAAGUUUUAGCGGUUAUUUUACUUAAUCAAUUUCUAAGGACCUGUUGUGUGAUGGUUCUUGCUCAAAUAUCCGUGGGAAGGUAAGAUAGAAGGGGCUGCAAGGCCUAAAUGUCAACCUAGUUAUAGUUCCUCAGACUCGUAUGCAGUAAUACAGGCUCAUAAAAUUUAUGGAUUUUAUUUUUAAUCUGAUUGUUUGUUAAAUUAUUUCGUCUUAAUGGAAGUGAAUCUAGUAAAUGUAUUUUACAUAAAUGUAAAUCAUGCAAUGUGAACGCUUAUUACGUGUAUAAUUGAAAAAUCACAGAGUUUAUAUAUUAUCCAUAGAAUUAUUAUCUCA